AUGGACAGCUUAUUGCCAUUCACUAUAUAUCUGUAUAUCUUAUUCAUUCAACCUCAUCAGAAAAAGCCCUUAGAUGGGAUUCUCAUUCACCUAACUUUGGCCAGCGAGGAUAUUGGUUGUAAAGCAGUGCUGUACAUUUUUAGGGUGCAUAUUUGCACUUCUUCGCUACUGAGUACAUCUCAGGCCAUUAUUAUCAGUCCCGCUCAUUCCAAGUGGGCAUGGCUCAAGCCCAGAAUCUUCACACACAUUCUGCCCUUGUUGAUUUAUUCCUGGAUAAGCAGUGUGCUAAUGAACGCGUGCGUGAUCAUAAGUACUCCUGCCACCCACAGUUCCACUGAAGCUGGACUCGUGUAUUGUCUGAUGUUCUGUAAAACAAGACGGUUCACAUACCAUUCAGUGUUGUUUCAAAGUGUCAUGUUUAUGCUAGAUUUCUUCUUUUUGCUCUUCAUGAUUUGGGCCAGUUUCCACAUGGUGAUUGUCCUAUUCAGGCAUCACAAGACACCCACGCAUAUCCACAGUCCCAGCCUCUCUCCACAGUCUUUUCCCGAGACAAAAGCCACCCAUACUAUCCUCUUGCCAGUGAGCUGCUUUGUUUUCUUCUGUGGGACUAACUUGGGUCUUUCCAUUCUUAUGAACUCUAUAUAUGAGAAAAACCUGAUGCUGGUGAACCAGCACUAG